AUGAACCCGCCGGCAUUCCUAUCGGACUCAUGGUACGAUGCCGCACUGGAGCUUUGCCCCGCGCACAAGGAGGGCCUUGUGGCACGCGGAGCUGCGCUGACAAACCUCGGCCGUGCACGCGAGGCCCUCAGGGACUUCGAUGCCGCGCUGCAACUCGAUCCAGAAAACGCCAAUGCUCUCAAGUACCGAGAGAUUGCACGCAAACGCGGGCGCGAGGCUCCAUCGCGCCCUUUGCGUCCUCCUUCUGUGGCCUGCCGGGUGGAGCUUCGCUUCGCCAACAGGGUCCCUGGAGAAGCUCACGACGAAGGACAGCUGUACAUCCUCAGUUCCCAAGGUCUAGAAGGCGUUUACUCGCCGUUACAGCGCGAUCAGAUGCCCCAGCUGGAGAGCCUCAAGCAGUCACUCUUGCGGGCAGUGGCUACGGAAGAUCAGGACGCGAUCUUCCGGAGUGCAGCCGCACUCGAAGAGACAGGCUGCCGUGACUCAGCGAAGGUAGCGGGCCGGUGGGCCUUGGUCUUUUCCACCCAGACGGAGCCCGGAGAAACGCAGGAGGAGACCCCCUUCUCCGCGAUCACGGCUGCGCUGUACCGGGUUUUCUUCCGCUUCGCACCCUUUCUGGCGGGUGCGCAGGGAAGCUCGAAGAUCGAACUCGCUGGACCUAUAUUUCCCAGCCUCUCGGUCGGCAAUGAACAGCUCGUGGACUUUCAAGCCAAGCGGGUGGACAAUCGCGUCGCCAUUCGUGUCGGAGGCUCCAGUGGCCCCAAGUUGGACUUGCGUGUGAAGGGUGACCUGAAGGGGAGCGAUGCCCUGGACCUGGGCGUCAUUUUUACCAGUUUCUCCUUCAAGUUGCCGAACUUGCCGGACAUCGAGCUGCCUUUGCCCAGGCCUGAAGGACGCCUUCGAACUACCUUCUGCGACGGAGGCCUUCGCAUCUCCCGAGGCGGCCGUGGAGGCAUCUUCGUGCUGAAGCGCUUGCCAGCGAAACCCUGA